GGGUGCAAAACAAGACUUCUGUCUACUUUGUCUGACUUAAAAAUGUCUGCUCGCGGUGGUAAAAAAAGGAGCAAAUCUACAUCUCGGUCUGCUAAAGCUGGAGUUUUAUUUCCCGUUGGACGAUUUCAUCGGUAUUUAAGAAAUGGUACUCAUCAUCAGAGAAUCGGUGCAGGUGCACCGGUAUAUAUGGCUGCUGUUAUUGAGUAUCUGACUGCGGAAAUUCUUGAAUUAGCUGGAAAUGCUGCCAGAGAUAACAAAAAAGGCAGAGUUACUCCACGUCAUAUUCUUCUUGCUGUAGCUAAUGAUGAAGAACUUCAUUUGCUCCUAAAAAACGUUACCAUUGCUUCGGGUGGUGUAUUGCCCCGAAUUGAACCUGAAUUGCUAGCAAAGAAGAAAGGCCGUUUUGUGACAAUGCCUUCUCCCCGUUCUGGACCUUCUUCUCCAGCUCCUGUGUCAUCUACAAAGAAAGCCAAACCAGUUUAUACACCACCAAAGAAAAUGCCCAGGAAAGCAAGUGUCAGUGCCAGUAUUAAAGGGAAGGGCAAAGGAAAAGGCAAGGCUAGCAAAGAUCUUCCAAAUUCCCUUAGCAAUCAAACUGGUGCUGUUACAAUGCUGUCAGAAAAGAAGCUCUUCCUUGGACAAAAGUUAAUUGUGAUACAAGGUGAUAUCAUCAAUGUGACAUCUGAUGCUGUUCUUCAUCCCACAAAUGCCACUUUGCAUAUGAGUAGUGAUAUAGGUCAAGCUUUGGAAAAAGCUGGUGGUAAAGAAUUUCAGCAAGAAGUUAAAGAUGUUUUAUCUUCCAAUGGACCUUUAGACAUUGCUGGAGCUGUGAUUUGUCCUGGACACAAUUUUCCUGCAAAAUAUGUCAUCCACUGUCAUCUACCUUCAUAUGGUUCAUCAAAUUCUGCAGAAUUAAUGGAGAAAGCAAUCAAGAAUAUAUUAGCCAUAGCUGAUGAAAAGAACUUAAAGUCACUUGCUAUCCCAUCAAUAAGCUCAGGAAGCUCUGGAUUUCCUAAGCAACAAGCUGCGCAGAUAAUUCUAAAAGCAAUCUCAAAUUAUUUUGUUAACAUCAUGUCCAGCUCAUUGAAACAAAUAUAUUUUGUUCUUCAUGACAUGGAAAGCAUUGGAAUUUAUACCAGUGAGCUGGCUAAGCUAGAUUCAUAGCAAUUUUAGGUUGCAGAUUCCAUUUGUAAAAUCAUUUGAACAUUUGACAGCAAGUACAUCUUGGGAACUGUAUCCGUGGACCAGCGUUUUUGUGUAUCUUGUUAUGUGCAUUUUUCUAGCCAUACAAUUUUUACAUGUAGUAUUUUAGUCUGACUUGCAUUUCAUAAUUGAAAAAGGUAUAUUGUUUAAUUUUAACAUUAUCCUUUGUCUUAAUUAUUGAUAAUUUUAAAAGAUUGGCUGGUUCCAUUGAAAUGGUUAGAAAUACCAUUUUGGCAUAUGUUAUCAUUGACUUUUAUAAUUUUUUGUUUAAAUUUGUCUUCCAUCAGAUUGAUUCUAAAAGAUGUGUAAUUUAUUUAUGUAUGCAUGUCACUGCCUUAGUUUCUCCUACCGAGUAUUUAGAUAGACUAGCUGAGAUAUUAAGAUUAAGUGUAGAGCUUUUUUCAGCUUUUUUUUUUAGUUGAUAAGUCAUAUACAAGCAAUUGUCUUUCAUGUACACUAUUAAAAAUGAAAACUUUUGAAGUUUUUUUUGUGUUAUAUAAUUUUGUUAUGAAAUUUUACUAUUUUUAUUCCCUCUGACAUUUACAAAGAUUGUAGGGAAAUCAUAUUUGGGAAUUUUUAUAAAACACAUACAUAGAAGAAAUGUAAAUGCUUUUAGGUUUUUAAGAUUUCUUAGUUCAUUUUCAGUUCUGGCUUGGAAAUGUAUAAAUAUUUAUAAAGAGAAAUUAAUAGAUACUUACUGUAAUCAAAUAAAAAUGUGUCAUGAAAUUUAAAUGCACCUUCAGAAGAUAAUUACUGGAGGAUGCUUUUCAGAUCUGUGUGGAACAUAUCUUCACUUUUACAUGCCACUGUGAAAUGCUAAAAAAACAAUGCUCUCGUUUUUACUUAGUCUAUUUUUUCUUACUUCUAGAAAACAGAACAAUAUUUACAUCUUUUAAAAAUGUAACCAUUCAUCUUCGAACUAAAGCAACAGCUAUUCCCUUUUUACCUUUUAUUUAGAGAAAUUUGUUCAACAUGUCAACAUUUGUGUGCCAUUUAUAUAAUUCAAGUAUAAAAGAAAAUGAAUCUUACUAAAAUUGUCAUUUGUAUUUCAUUUGUUUUCAUUUAAAUAUCUUUAUCUUUUAACUACUGUAUUUGUUUUACAAGAUACUAACUUCUAAAAAUUUUUAUGGAAUGUUUAUCAUUGCAGACAGUUAUCACCAGUGAGAUACCUAAUAUUUAAUUUUGGAAGGUGCAGUCACCAUCAUGAUGUCAAAACUACCAUAGUGCAAUUUUUAAUAUGCAUAAUUUUGCAUUUAAUCAAAGAAACAUGUAUCUGUAUUACAUUAUUUAAGUACAAUAUAUGACAUUAAUUUAAUUCCAUUUAUAUUAUUUGUUAUUGACAAAGUUUAAUAAAAAUACCAGUUAACAAUACAAAAAUACUUGCAUUAUUUUAUCAUGUCAAAGAUAUUUCUAAAAAUCAGUUUCUUAAUUUAGACCAAGUCCUAUAUAAAUGCUUUUUUUAUAUAUAAUUAAAAUUUCUUCUUUUU